GAUACAGGAAAUCUUCAGCUCAACUCCUCUCUAUUUAAUUGUGAUUAUUUUGAUUUUUUCGUAAAUUUAAGAAAGAGAUCUGUAUUGUGCUUUAAUUUUUGCUACACUACGCUGAAGAAAUUGAAAUUGUUAACUCUUUAUGACAUAAAAACUGUGUCAUGGCGUUAAAUACUACGAAUCACAAUGAAAUUCAACCUCUAAUUGUCAAAACUGAUAAUGAUUUACCGACAUCUUCAUCUGCUCUUGAAUCUAACCCUUCAUCACCUGUUCAAAUCCCUGGACGAACUAUGGGUGACUCUUUGUGUGAAUUCAUAGAUCAGCUCGAAGAUUACACUCCUACUGUCCCUGAACCGGUAGUUAAGCACUUCUUAAAGGCUGCUGGAGCUGAAUCCACUGAUCCUAGAGUUUCCAGGUUAAUUGCUCUUGCUGCUGAAAAAUUCAUAAGUGAUAUCGCUAACGACGCUCUGCAACAUUGCAAAAUGCGAGGUGCUGGACAAAGUAGUAAGAAGGCAGCUAAGGAUAAGCGUUAUGUGCUAUCGAUGGAAGAUCUUACUCCCGCUUUAGCCGAUUAUGGAAUUAAUGGCAAAAAGCCUCAUUAUUUUGCUUAAUAAUCCCAGUUAUUCAGAAACUUUUCCACAUAAACCGUUAAAAUUCACCUCAUCAUUCAUUUGUAAUAUUCAAAAUUUGAAAAGAGUUAUAUUUGUAUUUUGCUUUAUUUAUAUUCAUUAAAAGAUUAAGUGCA